AUGGUUGAUAACAACAUUGGAGGUAGUUCCUCAAACGAUUAUGGUGUUAUCAAGGAACAAGACCGGUUGCUGCCAAUAGCCAAUGUUGGUCGGAUCAUGAAGCAGAUUUUGCCUCAGAAUGCAAAAGUAUCGAAGGAAGCAAAGGAAACAAUGCAAGAAUGUGUGUCAGAGUUCAUAAGCUUUGUAACCAGUGAAGCUUCAGAUAAGUGCAGGAAGGAAAGGAGAAAGACCGUGAAUGGGGAUGAUAUCUGCUGGGCCCUGACAGCGCUAGGUUUUGAUGAAUAUGCAGACCCAAUGAAAAGGUACUUGCAUAGAUAUAGAGAAUUAGAGGUAGAUAAGGUCAAUCAAGAAAGAGGAAAUAGCCCUGAAGAUAAAGAUCGUACUGAACCAGAAUCUUAUGGGAGGUCGAGUUUAUAUUGA